AAGGUGAGACUCUCCUCCGGUCGCCGCGCCCCGCACCUCACCGAGUAGCUCCCGGCUCGCGCUCGAGGUCUCUGCAGAUUCCGUGGAGAUGGCGCCUCCGUCAGUCUUUGCCCAGGUUCCACAGGCUCCUCCGGUGCUGGUCUUUAAGCUCACCACGGACUUCCGGGAUGACCCAGAUCCCCGCAAGGUUAACCUCGGCGUGGGAGCAUACCGCACAGAUGACUCUCAGCCCUGGGUUUUGCCGGUAGUGAGGAAGGUGGAACAGAAGAUCGCUAAGGACAACAACCUCAACCACGAAUACCUGUCCAUCCUGGGCCUGGCCGAGUUCCGGAGCUGUGCUUCUCAACUCGUACUUGGGGACAACAGCCCAGCUCUCAAGGAGAAUCGGGUUGGAGGUGUGCAGUCUUUGGGAGGAACAGGUGCACUUCGAAUUGGAGCUGACUUCUUAGGGCGAUGGUACAAUGGCACUAACAACAAGGACACCCCCAUCUAUGUGUCGUCGCCAACCUGGGAGAACCAUAAUGCUGUGUUUUCUGCUGCUGGCUUUAAAGACAUCCGGUCCUACCGCUACUGGGAUGCAGAGAAGAGAGGACUGGACUUCCAGGGUUUCCUGAGUGAUCUGGAGAAUGCUCCCGAGUUCUCCAUCAUUGUCCUCCAUGCCUGUGCACACAACCCAACUGGGACCGACCCGACCCCAGAGCAGUGGAAGCAGAUCGCUGCCGUCAUGAAGCACCGUUUUCUGUUCCCUUUCUUUGACGCAGCCUAUCAGGGCUUUGCGUCUGGCGACCUAGAGAAAGAUGCGUGGGCUGUUCGCUAUUUUGUGUCUGAAGGCUUCGAGCUCUUCUGUGCCCAGUCCUUCUCCAAGAACUUCGGGCUCUACAAUGAGAGAGUGGGCAAUCUGACCGUGGUUGGAAAGGAAUCUGACAGCAUCCUGCGGGUCCUUUCCCAGAUGGAGAAGAUUGUGCGAAUCACUUGGUCCAAUCCCCCAGCCCAGGGAGCACGGAUCGUGGCCUGCACCCUCUCUGACCCUGAGCUCUUUAAGGAAUGGAUAGGUAAUGUGAAGACGAUGGCCGACCGCAUCCUAACCAUGAGAGCUCAACUCAGGGCCCGCUUAGAAGCUCUCAAGACUCCGGGGACCUGGUCUCACAUCACUGACCAGAUUGGAAUGUUCAGCUUCACAGGGCUGAACACCAAGCAGGUGGAGUAUCUGGUCAAUGAGAAGCACAUUUACCUGCUGCCGAGCGGUCGGAUCAACAUGUGCGGCCUAACCACCAAAAACCUAGAUUACGUCGCUACCUCCAUCUACGAAGCCGUCACCAAAAUCCAGUGAAGAAACACCGCGUAGUUCAUGCCACCAAAGCGGUUCUUUGUCACGUCUUCCCUGCCUGCGCAAACUUAGCUGUACUUGCCCCUGGAUUGGAGAUGACCGUGGCGAGGCAACUGUUGCUUAGCUGUUC